GGCUCUAAUUAUAACAUCGCAAGCUCUUCAGAUAAGUCCUAAUGAAAUAAGUUUUUUUUGCUACUAUACGUGGCAGUCAUCACAAAAGAUUAAGAAAGAGCCAAUCCUAAGGAUCGCUUUAAUUAGGAUCAUUUAAGGUGUUGAGAUCGAUCGACACAACCGCUUACUAUACAUAAGGCUUUUGGGAUAAACAUACGAGAGUCUUGUGUGAGGCACUUUUAUCGUACUUUAUUGGUAUUCUACUUAUGUGUAUCCAUAUAUUGUCCUAAAUUUUGCCGUGAGCAAAAAGGGCAGACCAGUUCAACAUCAGAAAAUCAUAAACCAUGAUCAACAUGUCUGCAUUGAAAGCCUCAAUCAUCGCCAUAUUUUUCGUCACAACGACCAUCGGGAACUGUCUCGUACUUCAUGUUGGUCGAAAACACUGGGGCCAUACCUCAGGUCACAUCACACAUUUCCUCGUCUUCCAUCUCUCUAUCGCAGACCUUAUUGUCACAAUGUUUUGUAUGCCCUUUGAAUUUACUGAAGAACUCCUAGAAAAAUGGCUUUUCGGCAGGGCUACAUGCAAAAUCAUCGAAUACAUCCAAGCUUCGGCGCUUGGCGCGUCAGUUUAUAUAAUAACAUUCAUCGCAGUGGACCGUUAUUUAUCCAUUGUACGACCUUUAACGUCUAAACUGAAAGCCCGUCAUGGAAAAUACAUCGUGAUUUUUUCUUGGCUCGUGCCCGUUUUGGUCUCAACACCUUACUUAGCUAUCUUUGAUAUUGAAUUGGAGCAGCAUUCUUUUAAAAAUGGAACCACUAUGAUAUGUGAAACAAGGGGCCUUCCAUACCCGUGGCUGAAUAAGUGCUACUGGGUUGUCGAAAUGUACUUCACCUUCAUCUUGCCAUUAGCAAUCAUGACAUUUUGUUACUCAAGACUUAUGAAAAAAAUCCUAAACUUGAAAAAAGUCGGAGAGCCUAGACAGCCGUCGCAACAUAACCAACUGAGUGCAUCGUCCGAUCCAAUUGAACAUAACUUAAGAAGAAUCAAGUUGAAAUCCGUCAAACUUACCAUCGCAUUUGUUACCAUAUUCAUCAUUUGCUGGACUCCAAAGAUCGUGUUGGAACUCAUGCGGAUUACCCGAGGGACCCGCGAAGUACAUCGAAGGACUGCCAUCUAUGAGGUAGCUCUUUUUAUGAGCUAUAUGAAUGAGACUUUGAAUCCUGUAUUAUACGCGUUGUUUGACCCGUAUUUUAGCGAUAAGAUAAUGGGCAUGUUUGGGAAAAAAGAGAGAUCUUUUGGGGGAACUACGACCGAUACAUCUGGAUAAUAUUCAUGAAUUUCGUAAAAUUGUGAAUAUGUAUUAUGCCAUGAAGCAUAUAUACACCACGGUGCAUAAGGAAGGCUUAUAAAGACACAAAUCUUUUGGUGUUUUGUAUAUCAUAAUACGGAUAACAUGUGUGAUGCCAAAGUACACGAAAAGAACAAGCAAGCAUGAAAAUGGACAUUGUAAAUAUGUAUUACGCCAUGGAGCUUUGGUAUUUUGUAUACUAAAAUACGGAUAAUACUGCGCGAUGCCAAUAUGGACAUGUUAUAUAUAAUACGGAAAAUGUGUGUGAUGCCAUAGUAUAUAUCACAGUGCACACGGAAAGCACAAGCAAGCAUGAAAAUGGACGCACAUGGAAGUAUCGCCAAGGAUGCCUGCUGGAGAUUUCCAAUUGGAAUUACAGUGGAUGAAGAGCUACUCUGUAGAAAUGCCACUGCCAAAUCCCAUUUUUAUUAUUAUCGUUAUUAUCAUUAUUAUUAUUAUUAUUAUUAUUAUUAUUAUGAUGAUGAUGAUGAUGAUGAUGAUGAUGAGAGUUACACACCUCUAUUGCCUUCAACAAUUGUUGCAUCUGGGUCAAUUUAUAUAGAUUUAUUGUAUUGACCCAAAUGCCUCUACUUGAAACAACUGUUUCUUAGUUUGAAGGCAAUCGAGUGAAACUCUAACAUAUCCUAUUCAAAUUAUACCGCAUAUAACAUGUCAGGAAUUAUGUUGUAUAUGAAUGGCAUGUAGGAUGGCACAAGACAGAUGUAAGCAUGCCAAUGGACACACACGAGAUCGCAAGAUGCCAGUGAAUUAAUAAGUUGUAUAUAAUAUGCAUGCUGGCAUCUGCAUGCACAUACAAUCAAUAAUACCAAAUUUUAUGUAUACUACAACGUUGUAAAUUUCUAUGUGAAAUACGAAAGACUAAUCCAUUGUAUGCUUUUACUUAUGAUAAAAAUAUGGAUAUUCUUCCGCCGUCCAUACAACAAAUAAUCUAUUAAAAAAUAAAGUCUUCUUUGGACGCAAA